AGAACCUAAGCCCAGAAACUCCGACGACCUCUAAUGGCGGCGGUUUCUGUGAAUUUCCCUUUUCUUUGUGCUCCAUCGAGGCGUUCCGGUCGAUUAAUCUUCACCGACGCUCCUUUAUCGCAGUCGCAGUGUGCAAUCGAGAACAAAUUGCCCAAUUUUGUUUCUCGAACUUCAACGAUACUGAGGGCAAUUCCGAUGGCGAACGAACGACAGUGUUCGAUCAAACCGGUUGACCUGGUGCCGGAUUCAUCGAUCAAGCUCUUGUUUGUCGAAAUGGGCGUCGGCUACGAUCAACACGGGCAGGAUAUUACCUCGGCUGCUAUGAGGGCAUGUCGGGAUGCCAUUUCAUCAAAUUCGAUUCCAGCUUUUAGGAGAGGUUCAAUUCCGGGCGUUUCAUUUAGUGAGAUGAAGCUACAAAUUAAGCUCGGAGUUCCUAAACAUCUCCAGAAUUUGCUGGACAUUGAGAAGAUCAAAUCAGUUUUCCCAUACGGAUUAAUAUCGAAAGUCGAGGUUGUCGAUGGCGGCCUUGUGUGCUCCAGCGGAGUCCAUGUCGAAGAAAUGGGAGAUAAGAACGACGAUUGCUACAUAGUGAACGCAGCCGUGUACGUUGGCUAUUAGAUUCAUUCAAUAUAUGAUCUCAAAAAUCGAGUCUUUUUAAUGAUCAAAUCUCGUGUAAGAAUCAAGAAGCUUCAUACAUUUUGCAGAGCA